AUGGAAAACAUCCGAGACGUCUGCGUCACCAAAGACAUGGAAGCCGUCACAUCCACAAACCUGAAUGGUUUCAGAGGAAGGUCACUGCUCCUCGCAAAUCAAGUGACUUUCAUAAACAAGAUCGAAGUUAUCACUAAGAGUGGGAGGUGUGGUGUAACGUUUCAGCAUUUAAAGGAAACCGAUUCCUCUCAGGACGCUCAGAUUCAAUCUUCCCCCAGCAAAACGGUACGUAAUGAGGCUCUGUUCGGCUUCCUGGGUUGUUUGACGGCUGCAUUGAGCCGCUCCGACCAGGCAGCAGAUUUUCCUUCAGACUGCUCAAAGAUCAGGCCUCAGUCGCCGCGCGCACCCAGCGGGGUUUACCUCAUCCAGCCAACAGGAAGCCAAACUCGCUUCAGGGUGUUCUGUGAGAUGCGUCAAACGGACGGCUGGAUUGUGAUCCAGAGACGAACUGGACCAUUGGUGUCCUUUGACAGAACAUGGGCUGAGUACAGAAACGGGUUUGGAUCCUUGACUUACGACCAUUGGCUUGGACUAGAGAAGGUGCACAUACUGACCAAGGACACAAACAAAGUCUGGACUUUGAGGGUGGACCUGUGGGAUCAUGAAGGCGGCCGCGCGUUUGCCGAGUACCGAGACUUCAGAAUCGGAGACGAGGGAACGUCUUAUCGACUGCAUGUUGGGACGUACAACGGGACUGCAGGUGACGCCAUCCGCUUUUCCAAACCGUGCGCCGACCAAAACGGCGCAGGCUUCAGUACCGUAGACCGCGACAACGACAAGUGCUCCCCGUGCAUUCACGGAGAUGUGGCCUUCAACAGCUGUACUGUCAACAACAGCGGCGGCGGCUGGUGGUACAGCAACUGCGGCUCCGCUGCACUGAACGGCGAAUGGCACUAUGGAAACGACCCCAUUGGCUGGAGUUCAGGUCUCCACUGGCUCACCUGGAAGCCGAUGCCUUAUUCGGCGAUGAUCACCAGGAUGAUGAUCAAGUCUGACUGAUGAUCUCUGCUUUACGUCCAUGUUCUGAAUUCCAUCGUCUAUUGGUUUUAAAAGUUAUGAAAAGAACAUGUAACGUGUGGAAUGCAAAAAAAAUUAAUAAAUAGACU